GUCUGAUCUCGUUUCGAUACAUAUUGCCAACACAACAACAUGGGAGGCGAGAGGGGAAUGGGAAGAGCAUCGACCUCAACCUCUACCCCUGCGCACAUUCCAAAGGACAAAUCAAAAUGUUUUCGUCAAAGGGAGGACCUAUGUUCUACAAACAAUCUCCUUCCUCUCGAUCCUUUCAACCCUCCAAAAACAACAACAAACAACCACCACCGUCUCAGCCCCAAAAUGACAAGGCCGAGGAUGCUACGACCGCAACUGAUACCGACAACAAGCCACCACCGUCUCCAGAAAACAACGAUGCUCCCCGAGAAGAAUCAGAAACGACAAGAUACUCCAUCACCACCAUGGACGAAUUGGCGACCCAAGUCCACAAAAUCUCCCACGACAUCCGGUUGAGGUCGGUCAACGAGCUUCGCGAGGUUCUGUCGGACCGGGAGAACAAUGCGACCAUCUCCGAGGUCCUCACCGCCGCCCAACUACAAGCUAGAAUCGAGAUCAAGGACGAGCUGACCAGGCUCAAGGCCCGCACCACGCCCAGCCUCCACUGGCGUCUGGACCAGGUCAUGAGGACCGCCGACAACGUUCACAUCUCACAGAUUCCGCGCAUGCACAGCCUGCCACUGCUCGUCCUGUGGCACGGCGCAAAGUUCGUGCUCAGGCGACCGAUCCUCGCCGCCUUGAUAUUGGCCAUCUUGUUGACCAGCUCUAUGUUCGGACCUCCGAUCAAUUGAUGAAAUCUGGCCCCCGUACCAAAAACGAGUUAGGUGUGGAAAACCACCACGACCUCUUAUCUACCAUUACGCCAUCUACCAGGCCACACACGGGGCAAAGGAACCAAACU